AUGGACACAACAAUAGAAACCAUAACCGCAACCGUCGCGGCAGCAUCCAGCACGCCCUCCGCCUCUGCGCCCAUCAAAGAGCUCAUCAAAGACUUGCUCAUCGCCUCCCUCCAACCCAACAAGACCGUCAUCAUCACCGGUCUCCUCAUCGUCUUGCUCUUCCCCAUCUUCCUCCACCAAGUCCUCCACGGCAACGAGUCGGGUUCUUCCUCCAAGACCUCCUCCCUCCCCUCAAUCCUACUCGCUGGUCCUUCCGGCGCCGGCAAGACCGCCCUCCUGACCUUAUUCGAGAAGCGCGCCGGCCGCUCCAUCUCUACCUCAACGAACGAAAAGACCGAGCCCGCGAAGACACACACCUCCCAAACCCCCGUCUCCAUCAAACUCAACGCCGCCGCCUCCCCCUCCUCCACCUCCGACGAUCAACCUACAAAGAAAAAACCCUUCCUCCUAAUCGACACCCCCGGCCACCCCAAGCUCCGCUCCACCGCGCUCUCCCACCUCCUCCCUCUGGACCCCAAAACCGGCCGUCCCUUGCCCCCCUCCAAAUCCCAACCCAUCAAAGGCGUCAUCUUCCUCCUCGACGCAUCCACCCUCUCCCCUUCCUCCCCGGACAGCUCCCUGUCUCAAGCAGCCACCUACCUGUACGACCUCCUGCUGGCCCUCCAACACCGCUACAGCCGCUACACCAAGGGAAGCAAGCACCCGCCUUCGAUUCCGGUGCUCAUCGCUGCGAAUAAGUUGGACCUGUUCACGGCGUUGCCUGCGACUUUGGUGAAAAAGGAGUUGGAAGCGGAGCUGGGGCGGAUUAGAGUCAGUAGGAGUAAGGGAUUGUUGGAUUCGGGAGUCAAGGAGGAGGAUGAUUUGAUGGGAAACAGCAAAGAGGAAGGGGAUGAUUGGUUGGGGGAGUAUGGGAGUGAGAGGUUUGAGUUUCGGCAGAUGGUGGAGUUUGAUAUUGAGGUGGAGGUGAUGGGGGGGAGUGUGCUGGGGGGAGAAGAGGACGGGCCGGGGUGUGAGGGGUGGUGGAGCUAUGGUGAGGAUGGACGGAGAAAAGGGUAUAUGUGGAUGGGUAAUGGAUGGGUACCGUCAUUGAGCGCUGCUAAUCACGACAGCAAGUUGAAAAGGAUAAGAGAUUUGCAGCAGAAAGCCCCCGGUGGACGAACAAGUGCGAGGGAUCGUAAAGGAAUUAGGAUACGAAAAAAUGAUCAGCCACCUCAUGCUCAACUCAGGAAGACCAUCGCAAGCAGAGACAUGAAGCACCAGGUCGAAAAUUAG